AGGACGCCCCCUCAGAUGAAUGGGACCGGGGAUGACUGAGAACUACAGCUCUUGGGCUGGCUGCGUCGGUGGCAGCCACGGAAGAAGAGUGGACUGAGACAGCCCCCGGGCAACGAACAGCGGGCGGUGGUGAUGUUCAGUGAGGGCUUCCCAGGGUAGCGAUCUGGAAGGGCGCUCUGCGCGCUCGCACCCUGAGCCCUGCAUCGGCCAUGCGCCCGGCCUUCGCGGUGGGCCUGGUGUUCGCAGGCUGCUGCAGUAAUGUGAUCUUCCUAGAGCUGCUGGCCCGGGAGCACCCAGGAUGUGGGAACAUCGUGACGUUCGCACAGUUCUUAUUUAUUGCUGUGGAAGGCUUCCUUUUUGAAGCUGACUUGGGAAGGAAGCCACCAGCUAUCCCACUAAGGUACUAUGCCGUCAUGGUAACCAUGUUCUUUACUGUCAGCGUGAUGAACAACUAUGCCCUGAAUCUGAACAUCGCCAUGCCCCUGCAUAUGAUAUUCAGAUCAGGCUCUCUGAUUGCCAACAUGAUUCUAGGAAUUAUCAUUUUGAAGAAAAGAUACAGUGUAUUCAAGUAUACCUCCAUCGCCCUGGUGUCUGCAGGGAUAUUUAUUUGCACUUUCAUGUCAGCAAAGCAGGUGACUUCCCAGUCCGGCUUGAGUGAGAAGGAUGGAUUCCAGGCAUUUGCAUGGUGGUUACUAGGCAUUGGAGCCCUGACCUUUGCCCUGCUGAUGUCAGCAAGGAUGGGCAUAUUCCAAGAGACUCUAUACAAACAGUUUGGGAAACACUCCAAGGAGGCAUUAUUUUAUAAUCACGCCCUUCCGCUUCCUGGUUUCAUCUUCUUGGCUUCUGAUAUUUAUGAUCAUGUCAUCCUGUUCAAUAAGUCUGAACUCUAUCAAGUCCCAGGCAUCCGAGUGGCUAUGCCCAUCAUGUGGUUCUACCUUCUCAUGAACGUUGUGACUCAAUACGUGUGCAUCCGGGGAGUGUUCAUCCUCACAACAGAGUGCACCUCCCUCACCGUCACACUGGUUGUGACUCUGCGGAAGUUUGUGAGCCUCAUCUUUUCCAUCUUGUACUUCCAGAACCCGUUCACUCUGUGGCACUGUCUGGGCACCUUGUUUGUCUUCAUUGGGACUUUAAUGUACUCAGAGGUGUGGAAAAACCUAGGGACCUCGAGGAGUCAGCUGCUGAAGGACGACAAGAAGGACUGAGGUCUGCCUGGGACAGACAGAGCAGCGUGGCACGGUAGAUAGAGGCCUCUGGGCGGAUCUGGCGCUGCGGACUUACCACAGUAUUGAACCUCUGAAGAAUGGGACCCAUCUGCUCUUUCCUGGCCACCCAGGCCGCGUUUGUAGACGCCGCAUAGACAUCCCUGAGACAGAAUAAACACCACAAACAGGGCUACCGGCAGACUGUUGGCUAGUCUCUGCAUUUGCUUUUCUGUCGGUGUGCCAGGACAGCAGAGCCUCACUUGUCGGAUUCCUCAGAGCUACUAGUUUUCUACCCGUGCGUGGUCUUGGAUAAGGCCAUGCCCUUGUUGCCACUGAUGAUUUUUUUGUGUUGUGACAGCCAUCGCCCUCCUGUGGCUAUGCACCUCUUUUCUCCCGUCACCCCUCCACACUUCAGCACUCUGGGGUACCUCCAGUGUCCCAGGCACAGUCAGACACUGGGUGACCCAGCGGACAUGUGAAAAAUUAGACCCCAGGGACGAUGAUGCUGAACUCCCUCCAGUGUGCUGGGAAAGGCAGAACCCUGGUGAUGCAUGAGCUGAGUGCUGGCGAUGCCGGAGCAGAUAUCGGGGAACCCUUCCCACAUUUCAUUUAUGUUUUUAAUCAGUGCAAGGAAGGAUCACAUGCGUCUUUCACCUGCCGCUUUCUGGGCUUAGAGCAGCCCUGCAUCGCUCGUGGCAGUUAGGAAGGAAGAAAGAUUAAGAGUGGACUGAGAAGGAGGGAGACCUCCAUCAUCUCCCGCAUGGGGAUGGGAGUGUGGCCCAGCACCCUGAGACACCGUUGCCCCUGUGAAGCCAGGCACACAAUCAUGUAGGUUUCGGAUAUGCCCCGUAAUCGUGGCACUCUGAGAGCUGUCGCCUGUCAAGUCACCAGUGAGUCAAUGGAUGCGUAGGUGUGAAUGCGAUGUAUAAAUCAGGUCAGAUCCCUCUACCACAGAGUGAGGUCUUGUCUUCCCAUAGAUACCAGACUGUUCUUGAUGGGUGUGGGUAUGAGGUUGCAUGUGGGCAGAACAUGUUUACGUACAGAAACACACCUCUUUCCUGCUGAUCGUUCUGGAGGUCUGAUUUUCCUGUCAUGGAUAAUCCUGAGAAUGAGUAACCCUGUCAGAUAGCACAUGUGUGCGUGCUUAUAUGUGCCCUCGGCUGGGGUGUAUGUGAUCGAAAAGAAUGGAUGUCCGUGUUGUUUUAGUUCCCCUUAGCCCCAGACCCUCAUUAACCUCACCUAGCUAUCUACUUCUCCGCAAACAGCUAAGCUCGAGGUUUCUGUUGCGUAUAGACAAAGGCCUUUCAUCCUUUUGCUGUGUGCAGACUGCGCUCUCCAUGUCUCCUGGGCUCACUUUAGUUCUCUUCCACUGUCUGAAGAUACUCUUUGAUGGGGCUGAACAUCAGCAGUAGAAUGAAGUGCCCUAAUCCUCUGGGUCCCUGGGGAAGGCAGUUCAAGCUGCCUUGCUUUUUUUUGUUAAAUUAAACACAGGUACUGUUUCUCCACCUAGGUCCCCUGGUUUGCAGACUGAUAGUCAUUCUGGCCACUGACAACUUCUCAGUGCUGAUGCCCUAUUCUCAAAGAUGCUAAAUUAGAUGUGAACCCAUCCGCAGGCCCACAAGCUCCUUAGCUGCUUUGAAAUAUGUGGGGCCGCUUGGACCAGUGUUGCUAUAAAUACCAAGUGUUAAAUGUCCUCUUACAAAGCUGGGAUAAAAAGUACUUUUUCCUUCCUGUUCAACAGAAGAACCUGCCCCUAGGGGCUCUUGAGGCUCUGUUCUGAUUGUUCCUACCAGGAUAGAACCUUCAGCCACCCAGCACUUUCCAAUCUAUACUGGCGAGAAGUACCACAGUUGGUAGUUACCUGAGACUGGCUGAUACAGACAGGAUUUAACUGGAGCUGCUAGGGUUCCGGAAUGUGUAACUCUCUUAGUACGAAUACUUGGCGAGUUUUAUUAAGGGAGAUGUAGGGACAAGUAAGAGCUCAGAGCGCUCACACAAUAAAACUUGCACCUGUGGGAACAGCACACGAAGGGCCCAGCCUGCUUCCUCCCACACUCCCGUUAGAUAGAAGAAAAUGCUUUUAAGAGGCAGUUUUGUGAAAUUGCUUUUCUAAAGGUUUUGUUUUAAUUUCCGUUGUAUGUCUUCAUAGCACGUGGCCCUGUGGUGGGACAUGUUCACAAGUUCACACAACUGAGCACUCCGCCACGCUCACCCCUCGUCCUCCCUGCUGCCCGCCUCUCCGCCCCUUUGUUCCUCUGGGCAGUUCAGCCUCUACCUUCAGAUCACAUAUACAGCCGUGUUUUCACGUCUACACGAAGUAGGACCCACACAGGGGAGAACAAUAUGGUGUUUUUGUCUUUCCUACACUAGUUUCAUUUGCGUACUAGGAUUAUCUCCAAACCCAUCCAUAAAAUUGUUCUUUAAAAAAAGUUAUUCCUCUUGCCUGAUUUUUUUUUUCCUCAUGCGGAUUGUAAAAAUAUUAAAAGGGCAAUAAGCUAUUUUAUCAAGGCCGCUACUGAUUGUACAGGAAUGUCCACUAAACAUCUUUGUUCUUCCAGCUUCUGAAACAGUGUGUAGUUUGACUCAAAGUAGAGCUUAAAGACAUGUAAAAAAUCAAAACAAAACAAAAAAAACCGUACGCUAGAGCAAAAAUCAAAUAUGAUUUGUACUGUUUCUCUGUGCCCAUGGAAUAGCCUGUCAGGUGCAUUUGUUGAGGUAGCGAGAGAGGACUGGAUGCCUGGGUCCUAUUUAUUACCUGUGUGUCCUUUAGCCAGUGUUGUAAACGAUACCUUCAUCUCUUUACUAGAAAUGUAGUUUCAGUUUUUGAACUUUGUUCUUGGAGUGCGGAGGAUCAGACCCUGGGUCCCAUACAUAUUGUGGAUUCUUUGAUUUUCUUUCCAUCCCACUAAAACAACCAUUAACACGCUAGAUACAUUUAUAGUUCAGUACGUGGUGGGUUUUGCUUUGUUUCCUUCCCCUUCUUCCUUCCCAUGACCAAAGCCCAGCCCUGCAGUUCCCUGCCAGGGUGGCUGGGGCCCUAGGAGGAGUACAGGGUAGGUCCCAGGGCUCUCAUUUCCUAUGCCCCUCCUCCUCCCUUCCUGGUCAGGCUUUGGUUUCCUGGGCCUUUGUUCUUCAUGACUCCCCUGUUCCUUUACUGUACCCGCGUUCGCUGGUGUUACUCCUUACUGAGCAACACCUGUCAUUCUUGCUGUACUGUCUAUUCUUUGGGGCUCUUGAUAUGUUGUAGGAGUUUUGUAGGUACUUAUGUUUGCCCAGCAUGUUGUGCUUAGUGUUCUGUAAGCAUUGCUAGUAAGAGCGUAGGGAUGGGAACGCUGGGCAGAGUGCUUAAAGGAGUGUGACCAAGGAAGCUUGUCCCAAACUGUCUGCAUAUUCUUUUCCAGCUCAGCCCAGGGGCAGAGGAACUGUCCCUGCUACCUGCCCCUUCUUAAUUGAUCCUUUUUAGCCUCAAGAUGGGGAAAGAGAAAUAUGAAGUCUGGGAUAAUUGUAAAUCAGUGAAUUAGCUGUGGGGGGCAGACAUGUCACUGGAGAACCAGUUUUAAUGAACCUGAGCAGAUAAACACGUUGUAAACACGUGGAACUAAGAUUCUCUCUAUGGCUAGAAGUAGAUAGAAUUAAGAAGAAUUCUGCUCCUGUUUGGUCUCAGGGGCUUCCUGCCGAAAGCUGUUGACUGGAUCUUGCCUGUGGGAGUUCACGAUAAUGUAGAGAGAACUUCCAAUACAGAUGAAAUGUGGUCAUUGUUACUGUUAAUUGGUGUGAAGUUCGGAAAUAAGGAUGAGCAACAUUUAAGGACAUAUUUAAGCCUUGGGAUAUAUUUGUAAUGACCAGAGCUGGGGUGGGAGACUGAUAGCUCUCAACUUUAUGGUGUGUUCUCUCUUUCUAGAAGUUUCCUUUCUGUAGACAUUCCAGGGAUGGAAGGGGCUGGAGAGCAUGCAUAAUUCAUUUCUGAACUGCCAGCUCCUGGCAUAGUGUCUGACAUGUGUUAUAUGAGAAAAGGAGAAAAGGGAUGCUUGCCAAGGCCUCGCCCUCCCUCUUUAUAAUGGUUCCUUACAGCUAUUCCCAGUUCUCGUGAGCCGCCGGCUGGCAAGAAAGCCAGGGAAGGGGACAUAGCCCAGUGACUCCAAUGUGAAAAGGAAUGGGGAGCAAUUAUUGGAGGUGGCUGUAGAAUACUACCCAGCUUUUAGCUAGCUUGACACCUGGUUAAGGUAGGGGCAAAGAGACUUGUGCAUAUUGCCAGGUACAAUUGAUGUUCAGGAAGAAGCUCUCCAGGAGGUCGUUAAGACUCCUAAGGGUUUGAAGUGGCUUCCUGGUGACUGCCACACUCCCAUCUCACAGCCCCCGACGUCAGGGUUGCCGGCUGCUUCCUGGAGAGCUGCGUGGUGUAUUUGUCUACAUUGAGUAUCACCGAUAUCUGCCCCAAGCUUUGCCUACAGAAAUCACCUGCAAGAGGCAAGCAGCCGAGGAGCCAGAGAUAGAAAAGGCCUGGUCUGCACUCGAACCCAUAUUUGAGGGGAAGACUGCAAUGGCAUCUUUGACAGAUCGAGUUAUAUUACGUCUUUUCUGGUGUAAGGUACACUCCUCAAGCAAAGUGAGAGGCAGCAAUUAUUCCCCAGCAACACAAGAAAGCCUGUGUGCUUUGCUCGCAACGGUGAGCGUUUACGUGCUAUUUGCCUUCUUUCCAGAGAAUGGCCUCAGCAUCCCAAAAAGGAUGAUUUGAAAGGUAACAAAUUAUGGUCAUGAGGAUUUUAUUCAUUCAGCCUCUGAGCCCUUCGAUGAGUGUUACAUUUUAAGGACAAAGAUCGGAGAAGGAGGGAGUCCGUCGUUGCCAUGUGUGCAGAACAGCCAGAAGACAUUAGUGAGUAUUCAGAUUUUGAGCUGUGUAAAUAUCAGACACCACUCCCAGCCUUAUGAGAUAUUUGAGCAGUUAAGGAGGAAAGGGAGGGCUCUUUGAAUAAAACGAUUUGCCACACUGAA